AUGCCAUCCGAGGAAAGCGGGCAGUUGCGCCCGGACCAAGUCGCUCUGGCGCUUGAGAAUCUGGGCCAUCUUCUAGGAGAUGAGGGCACAGAUCAUGGGCCUGCAGGUGGAACCUCGUCUCCCACUCGGACGAGCCGUGCCGGCUCGGCCGCAAUCAGGGGCAGAACUCGAGUUGACAGCUCUGCCCGACCGCCGGAGUUUAUCAACCUUGCCAGGGAGAAGGCGAAGCACAAGAAGGGGAAGGACAGCAAUGACCUCAGAAGGCUGAUUGCUCAUGGGAUUAACGAGCCAACUUUGAGAAAGCGCAUCGAGUCGAAGGCUGUGGAUCAGGCUACGGUGGACAGAGUCAGGUCGGAUUUUGAACCGCACGACAAGCUGACGGAGGAGGAGCUAGCGAACCUUGAUGCGCUUGUGGAGAAGGCUCAUGCUAUGCACACGAGCAGAGACGACAAAGGAGCUGAAAGAAUAUACUCUCAAGUGCUGGAGAAGGACCCGGUGAAUUACGAGUGCCUCACUAACUUGGCCAAGAUUUCAUACUCAAGGGGGGAUCUCGAGAAAGCGAGCGAGUUGUUUGAACGAGCAAUCGUUGUUCGCCCUCAGCAUGACAAGACAGUCUACCAUCUGGCCAUUGUUCUGUACGAUAUGCGCAACUACGAGAGAUCAAAGGCUCUUUUCGAGGAGGUGGUGCAUGGGUACAAUGAAGAGAGCGAAUGGGAGAAAUGUGACAAAAGCACAUACCACAACUGCAUUGCGAUGCUUGGAUUGAUUCAUCAGAAUGUUUUAAAUGACUUUGAAAAGGCAAGAAUAUUAUACAGCACUGUUCUGAAGUCAGAUCCAGAGCAUAUCUUAACCUUAGACCACAAGUGCUCGCUUCUCGUCAAAACGGACGAAAGAGAGGAAGCGGCUAAGUUGCACAAACACAUUUGCGAUUUGGAUCCAAACCAUACGAAGAAGGCGUGUCCAUAUUUGGACAGUUUGUUUCCCAACACUUCGGAUCUUUUUCACGAUUGCAUACCACUAGAGGUGGAGGAGCCUGAAGAAGAAAAUCUCUCGUUCUCUGGGACGAGCUCCACAGAAGUAAACCCAGUCAUUGCCAGAUGGAGAACUCUGCACCAAGCCGAGACAGUACUCUCUGACAUGGGUUUUGUACUCGUUGGUGGUGGCGCCUUGCAGCGUGCUACUGGCCUUGGGCCAGAGAUACAAACAUGGCGGGGGAUGUUCUUGUCUCUAGAGUAGAUUAGCAACAUUACAUCGAUGGCAUCGGGCGGUCAAUAGAUCUCGAUGUCAUUUU